UGUGUGUGUGUGUGUGUGUGUGUGUGUGUGUGUGUGUGUGUGUGUGUGUGUGUGUGUGUGUGUGUAAAAGAGAUACUGAAACUCGCAAAGAUAAGCUGAGGAGAUUCACCCUUAGCAAUUCCAAGACCCCACACCUUCGCUUCCUGCUCCACGGUCCAGUGGGACAUGGCAAGUCCAGCCUCAUCGACUCCUUCGACAGCAUGUGUCAGGGCCGCGUCACUGAGAAGGCACUUACAGCUUCAUGUCUUGAGGAAAGUCACACCAAAGUUUACAAAUCCUACGUGAUGAAGGACCACAGGGGAAGAGAGAUGCCACUUGUAUUCAAUGACAGCAUGGGGGUGGAAAAUGGGGAGGAUGGCAAGGGAGGAGUUCUGACUGCUGACAUCAUCACUGCCUUCAAAGGUUAUAUCAAGGAUGGCGCUAAGUUCCACCAGAACUCUCCUCUGCGCGAUGGGGAUCUAGGCUACAACAAACACCCCCGUCUCAGUGAUGAGGUGCACUGCCUGGUGAGCGUGAUGCACGCUCAGCGAAUCUGUGGGCUGCUGACCCAGGAGUGUGCCUUCCUUACAAAGAUGAGAGACGCCAGGAAAGCUGCAAGUGAGCUGGGAAUCCCUCAUGUAGUCUUAAUGACUCAUGUGGACAUGUGUUGCCCUUUGGUGCAUAAAGAUCUGAAGAACAUGUACUCAAGCAAGAAGAUCAAGGAGGCAAUGCAGCAUUGCAGCAAUAAACUUGGGGUGCCCAUGAAGUGCAUUUUCCCAGUGAAGAACUAUUUUGAGGAGACAGCCGUGGACACCAAGACAGACUGUUUGCUCCUGGAUGCCCUGGAGAAGAUUGUGCACUUUGCCAACGACUAUGUGGAGAGUAAAGUAGUGCCAGAAGAAGGCUAAAACAACAUACAGGGUGCAUUCCAAUAUGUGACCGUCCUCCACUUGGGCUUGUGGCCUCACGUUUUGCUGUUGCCCCGCCUCCGUGGAGAAAACAAUUAAGUUUCCCUGCUGUCAGCCUAGCCAAAACAAUUUUUGGCGGACUAUUUUCAUCCAGCAUCCUGUUUGAAAAUGAGAAAAUGACUUUACAAUUGAGUUUUUUUGAGAUAUUGAAAUGCAAUGCUGUUGUCAGUGAUGUCAUUAUUACAUAUUACUUCCUGGUACAAGGCCACAAGCACAAGUGGAGGACGCAAGGUUGCAUAUUGGAACACACCCACAGUAUUGGGAAUGAUGACUAAAGUUGAUUAAAUUUGUCCACAGAUAGCUAGUUAGGUGUUCACCGACUGUAACAAUUACUCACUUUUUGUUUCUUUCUUCUCAUGUUAAAUACUGUAUUUCGAUUUCCUCUAUUUUAACUAGUAGGACUAAUUGUUAGAUGUGAGGCCUAUAUUCAGAGCAUUUUUGUACUUGUAAAAGAGCUUGG